UCAGCCGCCGCUGGACGAGGAGCAGCAGAACAUGGCGCCGGGGCCGCCGUCGCCGCUGCUGGGAUCCUGGAGGCCGGAGCCGCGCUGAGGGCGCCCAGCUGGAAGAAAUGUUUACUAUUUGGCGAUGAGAAGUGGUGAAAACUGACCUCGCACUGGUAUACAAACACUAUGGGACCUGACAGUCUUGCUGCAUGGGCAGCUGGCACCCACUGAUAAUGUGGGGCAGCCAUCAGGUCCAUUGGAAAACACUAAUCUGAUCUUGGAAGUGGCUGAUUGUGGCAGGAUGUUUCGACGAUGAUGAUGGCAAGAAAGCAAGAUGUCCGCAUUCCCACCUACAACAUCAGUGUGGUGGGAUUGUCUGGGACCGAGAAGGAGAAGGGCCAGUGUGGCAUUGGGAAGUCUUGUCUGUGCAACCGCUUCGUGCGCCCAAGUGCUGAUGAGUUUCACUUGGACCAUACCUCCGUCCUCAGCACCAGUGACUUUGGUGGGCGAGUGGUCAAUAAUGACCACUUUCUCUACUGGGGAGAAGUUAGCCGUUCCUUGGAGGAUUGUGUGGAAUGUAAGAUGCACAUUGUGGAGCAGACUGAGUUCAUCGAUGAUCAGACUUUUCAACCUCAUCGAAGCACGGCCCUGCAGCCCUAUAUCAAGAGAGCGGCAGCAACCAAGCUCGCAUCAGCUGAAAAACUCAUGUACUUUUGCACUGACCAGCUGGGGCUGGAGCAGGACUUUGAGCAGAAACAGAUGCCAGAUGGAAAGCUGCUGAUUGAUGGUUUUCUUCUUGGUAUUGACGUUAGCAGGGGCAUGAAUAGGAACUUUGAUGACCAGCUCAAGUUUGUAUCCAAUCUCUACAAUCAGCUUGCAAAAACAAAAAAGCCCAUAGUGGUGGUCUUGACAAAGUGUGAUGAGGGUGUUGAGCGGUACAUUAGAGAUGCACAUACUUUUGCCUUAAGCAAAAAGAACCUCCAGGUCGUGGAGACCUCCGCAAGAUCCAAUGUAAAUGUGGACUUGGCUUUUAGCACCUUAGUGCAACUCAUUGACAAAAGUCGGGGAAAGACGAAAAUCAUUCCUUAUUUUGAGGCUCUCAAGCAGCAGAGUCAGCAAAUAGCUACGGCAAAAGACAAGUAUGAGUGGCUGGUGAGUCGUAUUGUGAAGAACCAUAAUGAGAACUGGCUGAGCGUCAGCCGAAAGAUGCAGGCCUCUCCCGAGUACCAGGACUAUGUCUACCUGGAAGGGACUCAGAAAGCCAAGAAGCUGUUUCUCCAGCACAUCCACCGCCUCAAGCAUGAGCACAUUGAGCGCAGGAGAAAGCUGUACCUGGCAGCCCUGCCGUUAGCUUUUGAAGCUCUUAUACCCAAUCUAGAUGAAAUCGACCACCUAAGCUGCAUAAAAACCAAAAAGCUCUUGGAGACCAAGCCAGAAUUCCUCAAGUGGUUUGUUGUGCUUGAGGAGACACCGUGGGAUGCCACCAGUCACAUUGACAACAUGGAGAAUGAACGGAUUCCCUUUGACUUGAUGGAUACUGUCCCUGCCGAGCAGCUGUAUGAGGCCCACUUAGAGAAGCUGCGGAACGAGAGGAAAAGAGCUGAGAUGAGAAGGGCAUUUAAAGAAAACCUGGAGACCUCUCCCUUCAUAACUCCUGGAAAGCCUUGGGAAGAGGCCCGUAGUUUUAUUAUGAAUGAAGAUUUCUACCAGUGGCUGGAAGAAUCUGUAUACAUGGAUAUUUAUGGCAAACACCAAAAGCAAAUUAUAGACAAAGCAAAGGAAGAGUUUCAGGAGCUGCUUUUGGAAUAUUCAGAAUUGUUUUAUGAGCUGGAGCUGGAUGCUAAGCCCAGCAAGGAGAAGAUGGGUGUCAUUCAGGAUGUUCUGGGGGAGGAACAGCGAUUUAAAGCAUUACAGAAGCUCCAAGCAGAGCGCGAUGCCCUUAUCCUGAAGCAUAUUCAUUUUGUGUAUCACCCAACCAAGGAAACGUGCCCUAGCUGCCCAGCCUGUGUCGAUGCGAAGAUCGAGCAUUUGAUUUGUUCUCGGUUUAUCCGGCCAUCUGACCGGAAUCAGAAAAAUUCACUCUCUGACCCCAACAUUGAUAGGAUCAACUUGGUUAUCUUGGGCAAAGAUGGCCUCGCACGUGAGUUGGCCAAUGAGAUUCGAGCUCUCUGUACAAAUGAUGACAAGUAUGUGAUAGAUGGUAAAAUGUAUGAGCUUUCCCUGAGGCCGAUAGAAGGGAAUGUCAGACUUCCUGUGAACUCUUUCCAGACACCAACAUUUCAGCCCCAUGGCUGUCUCUGCCUUUACAAUUCAAAGGAAUCGCUGUCCUAUGUGGUGGAGAGUAUAGAGAAGAGUAGAGAGUCCACGCUCGGCAGGCGAGAUAAUCAUUUAGUCCAUCUCCCCCUGACACUAAUCUUGGUUAAUAAGAGAGGAGAUACCAGUGGAGAGACCCUGCAUAGCUUAAUACAACAAGGUCAGCAGAUUGCCAGCAAACUGCAGUGUGUCUUUCUCGACCCUGCUUCUGCUGGCAUUGGUUAUGGACGCAACAUUAAUGAAAAGCAAAUCAGUCAAGUUUUGAAAGGACUCCUGGACUCCAAGCGUAACUUAAACCUGGUCAGUUCUACUGCGAGCAUCAAAGAUCUGGCUGACGUCGAUCUGCGAAUUGUCAUGUGUCUGAUGUGUGGAGACCCUUUCAGUGCAGAUGACAUACUCUUUCCUGUCCUUCAGUCCCAAACUUGUAAGUCUUCCCAUUGUGGAAGCAACAACUCUGUUUUACUUGAACUACCAAUCGGACUCCACAAGAAACGCAUCGAACUGUCUGUUCUUUCGUACCAUUCCUCAUUUAGCAUCAGAAAAAGCCGGUUGGUCCAUGGGUACAUUGUUUUUUAUUCAGCCAAACGUAAGGCCUCCUUGGCUAUGUUACGUGCCUUUCUUUGUGAAGUGCAGGAUAUUAUCCCCAUUCAGCUGGUCGCACUUGCUGAUGGCACUGGAGAUGUCCUGGACAAUGACUUAAGUCGGGAACAGCUGAGUGAGGGAGAGGAGAUUGCUCAAGAAAUUGAUGGAAGGUUCACAAGCAUCCCCUGUAGCCAACCCCAGCAUAAACUUGAGCUCUUCCACCCAUUUUUUAAAGAUGUGGUGGAUAAAAAGAACAUAAUCGAGGCUACUCACAUGUACGAUAACGCUGCCGAGGCCUGUAGCACCACGGAAGAGGUGUUUAACUCCCCCCGAGCGGGCUCUCCGCUCUGCAACUCAAACCUGCAGGAUUCGGAAGAGGAUAUCGAGCCCUCUUCUUAUAGCAUGUUUCGAGAAGACACAUCACUGCCCUCUCUGUCCAAAGACCACUCUAAGCUCUCUAUGGAACUGGAGGGAAAUGAUGGGCUGUCUUUCAUCAUGAGUAAUUUUGAGAGUAAACUGAACAACAAAGUACCUCCACCUGUCAAGCCAAAGCCUCCCGUGCAUUUUGAUAUCACAAAGGGGGAUCUGUCUUAUUUAGACCAAGGCCAUAGAGAUGGACAGAGGAAGUCUGUGUCCUCUAGCACCUGGCUACCUCCAGAUGGGUUUGAUCCUUCUGAUUACGCCGAACCCAUGGAUGCUGUGGUCAAGCCAAGGAAUGAAGAAGAAAACAUAUACUCAGUGCCCCAUGACAGCACCCAAGGCAAAAUCAUCACCAUUCGGAAUAUCAACAAAGCCCAGUCCAACGGCAGUGGCAAUGGCUCCGACAGUGAAAUGGACACCAGCUCUCUGGAGCGUGGCCGCAAGGUCUCCGUUGUGAGCAAGCCCGUGCUGUACAGGGCGAGAUGCAGCCGGCUGGGGAGGUUUGCCCGUUACCGGACGAGCUUCAGUGUGGGGAGCGACGACGAGCUGGGGCCCAUCCGGAAGAAAGAGGAGGAUCAGGCAUCUCAAGGUUAUAAAGGGGACAAUGCCGUCAUUCCCUAUGAGACAGACGAAGAUCCAAGGCGGAGGAAUAUUCUUCGCAGUCUGAGGAGGAACACUAAGAAACCAAAGCCCAAACCCCGGCCAUCCAUCACAAAGGCAACCUGGGAGAGUAACUACUUUGGGGUGCCCUUGACAACUGUCGUGACUCCAGAGAAGCCCAUCCCUGUUUUUAUUGAGCGAUGUAUUGAGUACAUCGAAGCCACAGGACUGAGCACAGAAGGCAUCUACCGGGUCAGCGGGAAUAAGUCUGAGAUGGAGAGUCUGCAGAGACAGUUCGACCAAGACCACAACCUGGACUUGGCAGAGAAGGACUUUACGGUGAAUACCGUGGCUGGGGCCAUGAAGAGCUUUUUCUCAGAGCUGCCGGACCCCCUGGUCCCGUACAGCAUGCAGAUUGAUCUGGUGGAGGCGCACAAAAUCAAUGACCGGGAACAGAAGUUACAUGCCCUUAAGGAGGUACUCAAGAAAUUUCCAAAGGAAAACCACGAAGUCUUCAAAUAUGUCAUCUCUCACCUAAACAAAGUCAGCCACAACAACAAGGUGAAUCUCAUGACCAGUGAGAACCUCUCCAUCUGCUUCUGGCCCACCUUGAUGAGACCCGACUUCAGCACUAUGGACGCCCUCACGGCCACGCGGACCUACCAGACAAUCAUCGAGCUCUUCAUCCAGCAGUGCCCCUUCUUCUUCCACAAUCGGCCCAUCAGUGAGCCUCCUGGUGCCACGCCCAGCUCCCCCUCUGCCGUGGCUUCCACUGUCCCCUUCCUCACCUCCACACCUGUCACAAGUCAGCCAUCACCCCCCCAGUCCCCUCCACCCACCCCCCAGUCCCCCAUGCAGGCCCUGCUCCCCUCCCAGCUUCAAGCCGAACACACGCUGUGAGCCGCCAAGGCCUGGAGCAAAAGGACACCUUCUCUCUUCCAUGGGGUGGCAUUUGGCCUUGAACAAAACCAGGUCCACUGGGGUGGGGAGAGUGUCCCCUCUUCCCCGUUACCUUCUGAAGAAGUCAGCAGGAGCACCAGCCCCAGUCCCCGGAGGGCAGGGCUGUCAGGCCCCCUGAGCCCAGCGCUGCAGACCUGGAGCUGUUCACAGGCAGCAGCCAGGGGGCGCCCCUGUCCUUUGACUUGGACCCUUUUGAGGACUGAACUGGCCAGGCAGUAGACCCCGUGGCCCUCCACACGCUCACUGCUCCCCAGACCACCCCCCCACCUGCCCCCACGUACCAGCCUUGGGGCACCCACCCACUGCUUGGACAGAGCCCCGGCAUCCACCAACAGGAGGAGGCUCCAAGAUUUGGGCCACCCCGGGGCAGGGCCGGCAGCCCCCGCAGAGAACAAUUCCCGUCCAUUUCAUCUGUCUGUUUCUACCUUCAUGUCUGCACCCCCGCCCCUGUUAGGGGAGCCUCUGUCCAGCAGCCUCGGGAACACACAGGCCACAGCUUUGUCAGCCCAAGGUACAGUGCUGCGAGUGCUGGCCCACCAGGUCAGGACAGGGAGGGCAGCUCUGCGCCUGGACCACAAGUGCGUGGCUUCCCUUCCACUUCCCACACGCCCGUCCCUCAUCACAGGCUUUGGGAUACAUUCCCUUUAAAACAACACUGGAAGAAAUGUGGAAAAACCCCUACAAUAACUUACAAAAGAAAGAGGAAGACACUACAGACCUCAAGAUUGACCUUCCCCCUACAUCUCGGAGAGCCAAGCAGGUGGUCACAGCGAAAGAAGGAUGCCCGAGGGUGGUGGCCAGAGGAGCUGUGGGGGUCCCACUUUCGCCCUGUCACCAGGUCCCCUUUCCCCAAGAAGACAGUUAAAGCCCUUGGUGGGAAGCGUUUGGGAGACCCACAGACCAGCCUGAAUCCUGGUUUGCCUUGGAACACACUACAGUGCUAUGGAAACACUACUCUGUGUGGGGGUGGGCACAUAUGUGAGUGGGUGGGCACGUGGGGGGUAUGCCUGUUGGAGAGGGCACACCUUGGGGGACUCUGGGUGCACCUGGGGUUCAGUUUCUUGUGUUUGGUGUUGGAAUGGAGUCAUUAUCAUCCCGGGCCGCAGGACAUCCCCAGCCCAGGGGAGUUGGUGGGAGGUGGGCGAUGUGUGAAGAGUGGUCACCUGUGCCUGCGCAGGGACAUCCUUUGUGUUCCCAGGACCAGGAGGGCCCGGAGGAGCAAAAGUCACAGAAGCUAUCAGAGUCACGAGGAGGGUGCUGGGCCUGCCUGUCACACAGCCCUUCCCUAACCCUUCCCCUCAGCUUCCAGGCCCUCCCACUGACCGCCGGGGAACUCUUCGCGUGCCCCACCUUCUGUCCCCCAGAUGCAGCGAUCGUGCUAAGGCUGCAACAGCUGCUGGCUGCCCCCCACUCCUCGUGGCCAGGCUGUGGCCUCUGCCCCUGGAAAGCCUGCCACGGAGGUGCCCUGACCAUGGGCUCCAGGUCUCUCCACACUUUAAGCAACGCCUGUGGCAGGUUUGAUGAUGCCCUGGGUCUCCUCGGCUGGGUGACAGCUGCCUCCCGUCCCACUCUCACGGCCAUGGGAGAGGAGGGAGGCCCUGCGCUCGCUGACUUCUCCGAAUAAGCUGGAUACCUUACUGCUCGUGGCUCCUGUAAGCCAGAGCAAGGUGCUUGGGAAACUGUCCCUGCAACUUCUACCGCCUCUUUUUAAGAACACUAGUCAAAACACAAACCUAAGGUACCUGAAUGGUGAUGGGAGUGCUGGGUGGGGGGUCUCUGUGGCUCAGCGCCCCAAUGCCCUCGGUCAAGGUCGGCAGGAAGGUAAUGGGUCAUUUGUGACUGCGCUUGGCCCCACGGUCCUGGUGGUCUAGCCUCCUCUGCUCUGAGCCCUGGGCCGGUGAGGAAAUCACUCUGCUGAAUGGAUCGCCGCCUUCCUCUAGAUCAUGCUCAUCUACCCACCCCGAGGCAGCCUCUCAGGGUACUGGGUGGGGGUGCUCCGGGACCACCAUCCCUUUUGUGAACCGAAAUAGAAGGUAGUCAGUCCCCUGCCCACCCGCCGUCUCCACGGGGCCACCCCCCAUGCCACUGCCUGCAUGCCUGGGCUGUGCUCCAGCAACUGGACAAGCCCCCCAGCUCCCCACACCCUUUAGACUGCAGACGGGCAGGUGGUGACUCCCGAGUGUGUGGGUGACGGCGGGACACCGGCUGCGGGCCGUUGCCCUCACGAAGUAGUGGGAGCCGCAGGACCCAUUCCCCUGGCUGGGUUCGGCAUCCUGCCAGAGGCUUAAGAGUGUCCAGGUUGGAGCUGCUGGUUCAUGCCCUGAAGAGCUGCCGAGGACGGGAAGCACCAGGGGUUCCUCUUGUUUCCAUUUCCUCUGUCAAGUCUAGCUUCUAGUUUUCUGCUCCAGACUGACUUGAACUGGGGAAUGUUUCUCUGUCAUUCUGGGUUGGCGCUGGCAUUUGUGGUCAUUGUAGGCCCUGGCCUUCAGUCCCCAGCCAGGGGUUAGCACCCGGACCAAAGGGGGCGCCUGGUCCCUGGAGCUGUGCUGGGUCGGGCUGCCCUAAAUGGGAUGCUCCCACUCCUCAAGGCCAUCCAGCAUGUGAAGCUCUGAAGAGCACGCUCCCCCACGAUUCUCACUGAACCAGCGGCCCCCGCGGCUCUGGAAUUGAGGGAAGGGCAGGCAGGAGUCAGCCUUGGCCAGAAUGGAAGAGCAGGUAGGCAGAGGUAAUAGGUUUCCACGGGAGGUCUCUCCCUGGCCAGUGUUUGACAUCCGCAGAUAGGAGUGGCCGUAUUCGGUGGAAAUGAACAGCCCUUGGUUGGGAGCAGAGGGCUGAUGCUGGUUCUGACCCGGGCCCUUCCGCCGUGGAAGGGGUCCAAGGUCGAGCGGCAUGGGCUUGCAAAUCAGCUCUGAAUUAUUGGCUGUGUUGCCUACUGGGGAUCACACACGGCACAUUUAUUCCUGCUCUCCGUCGAGUCAUUCUUGCCAUCACUUGACAUUCUGGAGUGCUGGGAAACACUUGGUACUGUUUCCUGUGUUCUCCACCGGGCCGCCACCUUGGUCUUCUGCUGCGAGGCAGGAAUGUGCUGCCACUGUGAUUCUUCUGGCAGAAAUUGUUGGUCUUUGCCAGGUGGACAGAGGGUGACAUCAUAGGAGCAGCGUGCUGUCCACGAGGGGCCCAGAGCACGUGCCUUCCCCUGGCCUUGCACCUGGGGCCCUGGUGCCCUGGUCUCGGGGUGGGGAGGAAGGCCUGGAGGGUGGUCCAUCCCCAGCCCUGAAACUUGAAAACCACGCUGCAUUGGUAAAAACCCUGUCCUGUGCUCCCUUCCCAUUCCCACGAGGACAGCUACGCUGCUUUGGGGUUUCUGAGAAAGGAGUGGAUACCGUCUCGCUGCCACUGGGGGCUCUGCCCUGCUGCUGUGUCUCCAAGAGAAGGAAGCCCCAGGGACUUGGGCGACUUUCUAGGGGCUGGUCUCCACAGUCCUGUGCAGUGGGCCACAGUGUGCCCCGGGGACGGGGACAGCCGGCACUGCGCUCGCUCCGAGGCCCGCUGACUCCGCAGACGGUUGAGGAGUCGCUCUCCUGUUGCUUGGCAGGUUCAAGCCACUCGUUUGCGCCUAGGUGGAAGGAAGGACGGAGUCGUUUUGGGACUGCUGGCCACUGGGGGCGUUGUGAGGGCAAAGGCCGUUCUCCCCUCCGCAGGUUCUGACUUGUGGCCAGGAGGGAUCCUGCCCUCCUGGGGAGCCAGGUCUGGGCCCACCACAGUGAGGUUACAUUUUCAUGUAGAGACAGGGCCUAAGUUAUUGUUUCCAUAAAAAUAUCCUGUCCCCUGUGUACAUAAAAAAAAACAAAAACAAAAAACAAUGUAUGAGAAUAAAAAUUGUUUGAAAAUUUGGAAUAGUGCUGCUGCCAGCUUAUUUUUCUGGUACUUGUAUUUUCACAUGUUAAAUGAUCUUUAUAUAUGUUGAAUUAACAAAUAUUUUGAGUUUCCUGAGAAAAAAGCGUAUUAAUGGUAUUGAAAUGUGUUAGUAGUCUGGCCGUGUGCCUAACUUUGUUUUGCAGCAAAAGUGGAGAACUGUAUGUAAAGAAAGUAUAACAAUUAUUUCUUUGUAUUUUAGGGGCUUUAACCAGGACAUCUUCUAGUUGGUGUUAGGAAUGUUUGCUUCAUUUCCAGACUUUUUUUUUUUUUUUAAACACGUCGUGGAUUUUUUGAGGCUCCAAACUGAUUAGUGCAUGGUCAGCUGUCAAGGCUGAGGCAUCUCUGACUGAGGUGGUUCUGUUUGGUUUUGUUUUUUAAAAUCAUGUAUUUGCUACAAAGUAUUGUACUCGUCUCAAUGGGAAUGGUGUAAAAAACUGAAAAGGCCUUAUGUGAUAUGUAUCAUAGUUAAUAAAUCAAUCUUGUAAAAAACCAAA